UUAAUUUAAUUUUUGAAAGUAACUGGAGCAGUUGCAUCCUGUUGUUUAUUAAUGUAGCUUUAAAUAUUUAAUAGGCCAUCUUGGCUUCUUUCUAGCGUGCAGCAAUUACUUCAAGCCCAAUGACAAACAGAAGAGUGAUUUUAAUGUUUGAAGGUGAAUAAAAUUAAACAAGGGCAAGCAAUCUUUCCCCCUGAAUUGUGAGCUGGAAACUAAUAACCAAUUCUUCCCUUCAUCUCUAUUUGCCCAUAUCCAAGCUCCUGUUGCCAUUCCGGCUUCGAAGAACGUAAUGUGACAAAGCCUUCAGUAAAACCAGAGCCUGAAGGAAAUAUCAGGUGUUAACAUCCAAUAAAAAGCUAACACGCUUGAAUGAACUAGGAUUGCAAGGCUUGUAUGGCUCUAGCAAGAACUGACCAAAUGCAGCAUUUUUAUGAUGGUGGCAGUGCUUGUGCUGCAGACUGAGAAAGCCGCAGAGCUGCCUUGGCCCGGAGCUGGAGACGUCAUGGAUUCCUGAGUGUGAAGCUUGCAGGAAAGCCCUCAGUUUGGGAGAUGGCGGCCAUCCAGGAGUUUCCAUGGCACUGGGAUAAACAGGAGGAAACAGUGAGGGAAUCCCGUUAUUUUACAGCAUUCAAAGACUAUAAACACUCGGAGCAGGGAAGGAAGUGGCCUUUCCCUCUCUAGUAACCCUCAUCUCAGAGCAGAGAACUGACUUCACUUCAGGAACAAGCUCAGCCCAGUUCGGAUCCCUCUUUGCACCUCCAAACACUUACGGAGGAGGCGAGCAAGAGGGGUUCCCACUGUCUGGGCGACACUGGUUGAACAUGGUUUAAAGAAGACUUUUUUUUUUUUUUUUUUUUUUUUUUUUUCCCUUCUAUUGAUUAAUUUUUUAUUUUUUAUUUUUAUUUUUUAAAUUCCUGAUGCAGAGAGAAACUGCCUGCAGGCUGGUACAUUACCACCACAUCAUGAGGUCUAUGGAUCAAGAAGAACCGACUCCACAUAAAACCAACAGCCCACCCUCUGGAGUUGCAUACGCUCAUGAUGUCUUGGACUGUGGCCUCAAGCCAUGCCCCCUGCCUUUUUCUAGCCUUUCUGCAGAUCCCAUGGGCAGAUAUGGACAGCCAGAUAGCAUAGGGACAACACCUACAAACCCUGCCAACACUGCAGGGGCCUCUGCUCCGAGCCCUAGGAUUGAAAUUACUCCAUAUCCUGAACUGAUUCAUUCAGGGGGUCCCUACCGCAGCAGAGACACAGAUGUUCUAUUGGUAGAACAUCAGUCAAACUCAGCUACUGCUAGCCCAAGGGUUACCCUGCCUGUCCCUGGCUUUGAGGGCUACAGAGAACCACUGUGUCUGAGCCCAGCUAGUAGCGGCUCCUCUGCAAGUUUCAUUUCAGAGACAAAUUUAUCUCCUUGCACAUCACCAUGUGUUUCACCAAAUAAUGGUCCUAGUGAUGACCUUUGUCCGCAGUUUCAAAACAUCCAUACUCAUUAUUCUCCUAGAACCUCUCCAAUAAUGUCACCACGAACAAGCAUCACGGAGGAAACCUGCUUGGGACAACACUCACCAUCACCCCGUCCCAACUCAAGGUCUUCGUCACCAGGUGCAAAACGGAGGUACUCUUGCACUGAGCUCUACAAUACUCAGCUGCCUUCCACUUCUCCACGACAGUCAAGGACCCCCUCUCCACAAUCCUCUCCUCGCAUCCCACUGAGGGAAGACAGCUCUUCAGUCACUUACACGCAGUUGCCCACCGCUUCUAUUUCCAUGGAUGCUAUGAACAGCCUCCCUACGGAUCCUUCCUGUGGUGUUCCCACGAAAAUUUGGAAAACCAGCCCUGACCCUUCGUCCAUGCCUUCCCACAAAAACAGCAUUCCGUGUCACGUCUUUCAGACUGUUGACUUCCACGGGCCUUGCGAGCAGGAGGACAGGAGAAACUCAGCCCCAGAAUCGAUUUUGUUGGUUCCUCCAUCCUGGACAAAACAACUGAUGCCAGCAAUUCCUAUCUGCAGUUUGCCCGUCCAGUCGCUCCCACCCCUCGAGUGGCCUCUCUCCAGCCAGUCCGGCUCCUACGAGCUGCGGAUCGAAGUCCAGCCCAAGCCUCACCACCGCGCACACUAUGAGACGGAGGGGAGCCGAGGGGCAGUCAAGGCACCGACCGGAGGCCAUCCCGUCGUUCAGCUUCAUGGUUACAUGGAGAACAAACCCUUGGGUCUUCAGAUCUUCAUUGGGACGGCAGACGAACGGAUACUUAAACCCCAUGCUUUCUAUCAAGUCCAUCGCAUUACAGGGAAAACUGUCACCACCACGAGCUAUGAAAAAAUCAUUGGCAACACCAAAGUUUUAGAGAUCCCACUGGAACCCAAAAACAACAUGAAAGCAACCAUCGACUGUGCAGGGAUUUUGAAGCUGAGGAACGCGGACAUUGAGCUGCGUAAGGGCGAGACAGACAUUGGCAGGAAGAACACCCGUGUCCGGCUUGUCUUCCGUGUGCACAUCCCCGAGUCCAACGGCAGGAUCAUCUCUCUGCAAGCAGCAUCAAACCCCAUUGAAUGCUCCCAAAGGUCUGCUCAUGAACUUCCAAUGGUUGAAAGACAAGAUAUCGACAGCUGCCUUGUGUAUGGAGGACAACAGAUGAUUCUGACUGGACAAAAUUUCACAGCAGAGUCCAAGGUGGUGUUUACAGAGAAAACUUCAGAUGGACAGCAGAUCUGGGAAAUGGAGGCAACAGUGGAUAAAGAUAAGAGCCAGCCUAGCAUGCUUUUUGUAGAAAUACCAGAGUACCGGAACAAGCACAUUCGCACACCUGUGAAGGUGAAUUUCUAUGUCAUCAACGGUAAAAGAAAAAGAAGCCAGCCCCAGCAUUUUACCUAUCACCCAGUACCAUCAAUCAAAACAGAGCCCAUUGAUGACUAUGAUCCAGCCUUAAUCUGCAAUACAGUACACAGUGGUCUGGGAACAGUAACACAGCCGUACUAUUCACAGCACACAAUGGUCACCGAAUCCCCUUCCUGUCUUGUGGCCACUAUGGCUCCCUGCCAGCAGUUGCGCUCAGGCCUUUCUUCUCCUGAUUCGCGAUACCAUCAGCAGAAUCCGGCUGCUGUAAUAUACCAAAGAAGCAAGAGCCUUAGCCCAAGCCAACUGGGCUACCAGCAAUCCAGUUUGAUGGCUACACCGGUUGCUAUUUCAGAUCCCCAUAGGUCAGUGCUGGUGCACGCUGGUUCCCCAGGCCAAACUUCAGCAGUGCUCCAUCACUCUCCAGGCAACCAGCAGUCCUCUCCAGUGAUUCACUAUUCUCCAACCAACCAGCAGCUGAGGUGUGGAAGUCACCAAGAAUUUCAGCACAUCAUGUGCUGUGAAAAUUUCACGUCCAAUGUUGCAAGACCCAGCCAGCCCCAAGUUAGUCAAGCACAAAGGUUAAGUCCGAGUUCAUAUCCUACCGUGAUCCAGCAGCAGACAGCUUCAGGCCAACGAGCAGCAAAAAAUGGACCACCAGUCAGCGACCAGAAAGAAGUUUUACCAGCUGGAGUCACUAUUAAACAGGAACAGAACCUGGACCAAGCAUAUCUGGAUGACGUUAAUGAAAUUAUCAGGAAGGAAUUUUCUGGACUCCCUGCCAGAAAUCAGACAUAGAAGAAGAGAUUUGUGAGACAACUUCUACCGAAUCCUUCCAUAACUGACCUCUUAGAUCCUUCCAGUGCCCCUGCAACCUCCUGCUUCCUUAACUGUUCAUCUCAAGGCACCAAUUCAAUGCAAGGAACAAUGUAUUGGCAUCAAGCUGACAGCCUUGACUAAGCAACUCGCCACCUCUCUCUGUAAACACCGAAAAGGACACCCUUCCUUUCGUCCAAAGAUCGUAUUGUUCUCAUGUAACGGAGCAUCUGUCUGAGGAAACUCUUCAAGCCUGCUGCAAAAUAUCUAGCUACGUAUCGAUCAAUCUAUCUGAGUAAUAAGGGAGAAGUAAGAUGUCACUCCUGAACACCACACAAAGCAAGGGAGAUUAUAUAUUAGUGCUUAUUUGGGUGGGGUGGGAAAUGAGGGAAGAAAGAGUAACAUAUUCCGUAACAGAAUAGCAGCAUUUUGCAGUUCACUAACAAUGAUUUGCCCUCCAGGUCACAAAGCCCUUCUGAAUUUUGUUGUUGUUGUAGGAAACUGAGGCAGCCCAGGCUUACUCAGCCUUUAUCCAGCCUGGGAGAAAAAGCUGUAUUUUCUGACCCUGAGCACUGUGAUCGGUAUCUCAAACAGUAGGUAUCAGCUGAAUCCAGGAGUCUUCUCCAUUUUUUUCUUGUCUGACUGGAUAGGAAUCUGACGGAGAAGGAUGCUUGCAGACAACCAGUGAAAAGAGCAAUCCAGCAGUUGUAACACCUGUCCCAAGGUACAAUAAACUCACAUAAAAUAGAAAUUAAUAUAUAGGAGUUACAGUGAACCCAAAGAUUUUUAUUAUUUACUCUCAUUAAUAUUUAGGCUGUGUAUCAGCACAUCUUAGAUAUUUUCUCCCUUAUAAAUUGUCGCUGUUUCUUUUCACACAGAACCUGCCGUUGGCUGGUACCUUGUCUCAGCAGCUGUAAUGUUUAACCACACAAAGCUGCAAAGCUGCAAAAAUAUUUGCAUUUUACAGAAGCCAUAUGUUCCAGAAAAAAGUAUACACUUCCUUACAUACACCUUGUCUCUUCAGCUUUGCAAAGCUACCAGCAACUUCUGGAAAGGUUGAAUUUCCACACAAGUUAGUAUGUUUGUUAUGCUUUGCUUCAUGUGUCUGAAUAUAAUGUACUGACACAUGCUUAUCACAGUAAGAGAGAAUUUCUGCCACCUGCAGUUGUACAGCUAGCAAGUUUAUAACAUUUUGGUGUGUCUUUGCACCCCACUGUGACAAAAAGGCAUCCAGAGUCAAUAAAAAAUGUGCAGUAAAAAGUCACCAUAAUAUUGUAGGCAGUACACAGUAAUCUUUAGUGGUUUUGUAAAAGAGGAAAGCUGGUAUUUGUUAUGAGUGCAGAGCCUGAGCUCUGUUCUAGAAAACACAGUGAAACUACCCUGUUCUCAGCUGUUUCACAGCAAACUUUGCUGAUUACCAAUAUGCUCACAGUAGGAGUUAGGUUAUAUGGGUACAGAAGACCAGCAGAGCAGCUGCCUACUCGCACAAACCCUACAGAUUCAGUUCAACAGAACUCUUUUCAGGAGUAUUGAGAAGAAUAUAUUUUCUGCCACUUAAAGGUGACACUCAAACUCUGCAAGGUGAGAGAUGGAAGUGAGGGAUAGAAGCAUGAGACUUGCCAGAACAUCCAACCCUAGCCUCAGCUACAAUUUUAACCUGAAAGCUGAAUUUCACAAGAGCAGCUCUCAGCUCUGGUUUCAACCAAGUCUGCAUCCAUAACCAGAGCAGAGCCAUUCUCCAUUGCAAAUCCCAAACUUACAUUAAUAUCACGGCUUGGGAAGUUUGCUUCUUUUCCCCCUUGAAGCAGGCGUUACCUGCUUGGUGAGACUGAAAUCUUUUGUCGCAGAACAAGUCCCCUGGCUCCCAUUUCAGCGACACCACCGAGAUGUCCCUGCAGGUCUCUGGCUGAGGAUGCCGCGUGCUGGUGCUCGUGUGAGCACCGUGUGCUGCACCGGGAAGUAUGGCUGCCAGCGGAGCCAAGCCUCAGCCUGUCACUGCAGAAGUCAGGGGCUUUUUUUAUACUUACUUUUGCAGGAACAAAACUGAGGCUUGGACUAGCUGAAAUGGCCUUUGCAUGGGGGAGUUAGUGAUUGUUAAACAGCACUUAUACUGUAUAGCAUUUCAGCUGGCUCACAUGCCUCAAAUAAGCUAUUUUGAAUUGUUUUUAAACUGCCAUGUUGCCAGAAUCUGCCAUGUAUUAUGGAUUUGUAAUGCAGUUUGACAUUUUGGACAAUUUUGAAAAAUUCCUAAGGACAAAAGUUGCCUGUCAGAAAUUCUCUACUGCAGCUGAGCAAAGGAACAGUUUCACAGGGUUCACGCUGCCAAAAACGACCAUCUAGUUUUCCCCAAUCCAACCUGCAAGAUUAAGACCUAGGAGAAAAUAAAUAAAAUAAAUACAUAAACCCAUUCACAAAAAAAAAAAAAAAAAAUCCCCAAAUAACUGACAAACAUUUCUCUUGCUGGAUUUCAAAUAAAAUAUCAAAGAAUGUGAACUUCUUUGCAAAUCUCUAGACACAUAGAUAUGGUCUGAACA